CAAUGAGCGGCGGGGAGACGCGCACAUAACCUCAGCGUGCAUCGCGCGAAUCGGGUGAGUUGCAGAAACGCCAACGAGAAGUGAUGAGAGGCUGAAACCACCGCGGAAACGAUAGAGAGAGAACCUCCGGGCGUCAUCAAGGAUCAACCCGCCGAUCGUCCGAGGAGAAGAGCGAGAGGCUCGCGACGGAGGAGAAGAAAUGGGCGUGCCGAGCGGCAGGAACGUCGAGGCGAUGGAGGUGGAGAUCGCGAGCGCGUCGGACGCACAGAGCGGCGACGGUGACGGCGCGGGCGAGCGCAAGGACACCGACAUGCAGACGAUCCACGACAUACGCGAGCAUACUCGGCAGAUCGAAAAGGCGGUGCAGAACAAGGAGCCGCGGUUCGUGCUGCGCGCCCUGCGCGCCCUGCCCAACACCCGCCGCCGGUUGAACCCGCUGGUGCUGCGCGGCCUCGUGACCGGUUUCUACACCAGGUCGACCGCCGAGCGCGACACCCUGCUCGCCUGGGUGGACGAGCCGAUGGAGGUCGACGAGACGCAGUCCGCCACGCAGAGAUUCCGACCGUUCUCCUCCAGCCUGCUGCCGGAGAUCGACGCGUACGUCCACCUGCUGGUGCUGAUCCGGCUGAUCGACACCAGGAAGUACACCGAGGCGGUCCAGUGCUCGGAAUCGUUGGUACAGAAGAUCGCCGCGCAGAACCGCCGUACGAUCGACCUGAUCGCCGCCAAGUGCUACUUCUACCACUCGCGCGCCUACGAGCUGACCAAUCAGCUGGACAAGAUCCGCGGCUUCCUGCACCUGCGUCUGCGCACCGCCACCCUGCGCAACGACUUCGAGGGCCAGGCGGUGCUGAUCAACUGUCUGCUGCGCAACUACCUGCAUUACAAUCUCUACGACCAGGCGGACAAGCUGGUGCUGAAGUCGACUUUCCCGGAGUCGGCGAGCAACAACGAGUGGGCGCGUUUCCUCUACUAUCUCGGCAGGAUAAAGGCCGCCCGGCUGGAGUACUCGGCUGCUCACAAGUACCUGGUGCAGGCGAUGAGGAAAGCGCCGCAGACGACGGCGGUCGGCUUCCGGCAGACCGUGCAGAAGCUGGCGGUCGCGGUGGAGCUGCUGCUCGGCGACAUCCCGGAACGGCAGAUCUUCCGGCAGGCCGCUCUGCGCCGCGCCCUCGCCCCGUACUUCCAGCUCACCCAGGCGGUCCGUCUCGGCAAUCUGCAGCGGUUCGGCGAGGUGCUGGAGAACUUCGGGCCGCAGUUCCGCUCGGACCACACGUUCACCCUGAUCCUGCGGCUGCGGCACAACGUCAUCAAGACGGCGAUCCGCUCGAUCGGCCUCUCGUACUCGCGCAUCUCGCCGGCCGACAUCGCCUGCAAGCUCGGCCUCGACUCGAGAGUCGACGCGGAGUUCAUAGUGGCGAAGGCGAUACGAGACGGCGUGAUCGAGGCGACCCUCGACCCGGAGAACGGCUACAUGCGCAGCAAGGAGACCACGGACAUCUACUGUACGAAGGAGCCGCUGCUAGCGUUCCAUCAGCGCAUCACUUUUUGCCUGGACCUGCACAAUCAGAGCGUCAAGGCGAUGCGAUACCCGCCGAAAUCGUACGGCAAGGACCUCGAGUCCGCGGAGGAGCGUCGGGAGAGGGAGCAGCAGGACCUCGAGCUGGCGAAAGAGAUGGCCGAGGAGGACGACGACGGUUUCCCCUGAAGAGAUCCACGAGGACGACUGUCGUGGAGAUGUAUCGGGGCGCUCGGCCCGGAGCUGCCCCGAAGAUGCGAUCGCUAACGUGUGUUACUUUUUCUAACGUUCAACGGAUUUGUAGAUAUGUCUUGUAGAGCGUGAGGAGGGUCGUCGUAAUUAACGGGAUUUCAUUGUUCGCGCGGAACGCUAUCUCACUCCUAUGUAAUAAAAAAAAAGAUGAUGAAGAAUUAUUAUUAAUUACAUAUGUAUAUUCUA